UGGCGUUGAUGUGGUUGCGUCCAAUGAACGCGCAUUCACGGCCGGCGGAGCCGUCUGCUGAGUUCUGUAUGUAUAUGUGCUCGUCGAGUCGUCAAACGAUGUGAUGUCUGUCUUCUAACCUCAAUCACUCCGCGUGAUUUCAACUGCGAUUCAACGGUCGCGGAGCGUUUGAUUAAAGUUGUCGCGCUUGACCGAGUCAAACGGAGAGAGAUUACGUCGCGAGAAUUUGAUUUCUCUCUCGAAAAUGGGCGAUUCGGACGAGGAGAAUUACGCGACGUUCGGCGUUCCUCUCGACCCCUUGGACGAAGAGAACAUCCCGCGAAAGAAGCCCGUCACGAUCGAGGAUCAGUACGCCUACGACGCCCAGGGUAGACGCAGGUUUCACGGGGCGUUCACGGGCGGCUUCUCGGCGGGAUACUUCAACACCGUCGGCACCCGCGAUGGCUGGAGGCCGCAGCAGUUCAAGUCUUCCAGGAGCAGCAAGGCGGACAACGUCGUUCAACGACCGGAAGACUUUAUGGACGAGGAGGACACGAGUCUCUUCGGGAUUGCUCCCAAGGGCAUUCGUGCCACCAGCGAUUAUGACGAUCACGGACAGAGGGGAAAGAAGAGGGAAAGGAUAAGUCAAGAAGGUCCUAUCCCUGGUACUCCUAUCUUGAAAGAGCUUCUGAAACCUGUCAAAGAAACAGUGGGUAUCGUUCUACUUAAGAAAAUGGGCUGGAAACCUGGUCAAGGCGUCGGUUCCAGACUGACAAAGAAAGAAAAGCAGAAGAUCAAGUUGCGUAAUGAAAAAUUAAAACUGGCACAGGAUAAUCUUGAAAUGGGAGCAGAGAGCAAUUCUGAGGACUCGGACGACGACUCCACCAAUAUUACUUUUGCACCCGACGAUUACGAGCCAUUCCGGUGUAAACCGAAAGACAAUUAUUUUGGCAUCGGCUACUCGGGUCUAGACAGGCGGAAAGUCCUCUCCGGUCACAUCAACCUUUUCGACACCCCGGCGUUUUGCGUUCGAGAUAAAAACAAGAAAUUGUCGAUUCGCGGCCAGGCGUUCGGAGUCGGUGCCUUUGAGGCUGACGACGAGGAUAUAUACGAGAAGGAAGACAUGUCGCGCUACGACUUUGCUUUGGGCCCCGAACGUAAGACAAAGACAAGAUGGUCUCAGGACGAACCGAGUAGCUCGCAGACCGAUUGUGUCGAGGGUUUUACUUGCGCGAAGGAGAAACUGGAGAGCAAGAAGGUCUUCAAACCUCCGGAAUUGCCAAAGAAUUUCGCACCGGUACACGCUGUUAGGAAAAGUAGGUUUUAUCCGCCGAUUGCAACCCCGAUAGAAAGUAAUAAACGCAAGGAGCCGUUGAAUGCCACAGACAGAGCGCGGAUCUUAGAGGAUUCUGGCGAACGUUCGAAGAAGCCACAGGUGCCAUCGAGCGCAUCCGUUGCCUCUAAUAUUAUCUCGAAAACCUUGAAUUUACAUGGCAAGCAACAAACGGAAGAGAGAAGACAAUUGGAGAAGCAGCAGAAGACGACGAGCAACUCUUGGCUGGACAAAUUGAACGCGCAAAACUUUGUCAAAGGCGGCAUUGUCGAUUCCGGACAGGGUGGUUUAAAGAAACUGGAAGAUUUUAAAGAAUCUACGCAAUCAAGCACGGAUAAAUCAGUGGAAGGUGAUUCAUCGGAUAAGAAUGAAACGAAGAAAUUGUUCCUGUCUGAUCCGGACAAGCAGAAACGAUUCGAGCAGUAUCUUAUCUUCUUGAAGAACGGCGAGACGGACAAGUUCGAAAGCAUUCAACCACUUUCUAUGACCGAUUGGGAGAGAGAGCGAGAGCGCGAGGAAUUCGAGCAGGCGGCAAAAUUGGAGCGCGCGAAUAAUUAUAUGGCGGAUAAAUUUGUGCACAGCGCUGACGAUACAACGGAGCGAACGGAUCCGGAAAAGGACGUGAAGGAAGCGGUAAGAUUGAAGAUGUUCGGCAAACUUACGCGACAGCGGAGCGAAUGGAAGCCGGCUAGUAUCGUUUGCAAGAGAUUCAAUAUUCCCGAACCGAAGGUCGGUUGUGCGACGAUCGCGACGGACCGGAAAGCGGCGAGAUUUUCGGUCUUUGAUUCCUUAGACUGGUGCAGUACAUCGAAAUUCACGAAAGCUACGGAUACGGUUGAGUCACAAGUGGAGGAAAUCCUCCAGCCGUCGAGGAAACCGGAAGAAAAUAUAAACGAAACGAUUUCCAGCACUGGUCCCAAUAAUAUUCCGUCUAACAUCUAUCAACCUUCGGAGCCUGUCUCUGAGAAGUUUAGAAUCUUCGAAGCUUCCUAUGAGAAAGUUUUUGGCAAGGGUAUUCAAAAUAUUCCCUCUGCAACGUCAAAAGAUGUCGGACAAGAUGUGAGAAAUAAUUUAGAACCUGAAACACUUCAGGAAGUAAAAGAGAAAGAAAGAACAACUCCCGAGCCGAUGUCUGCGUUCAAAGAUCAAUCAGAAGAAAAGAAGGAUCUGUUCAAGGCGAUUUUCCUCAGCAGCAGCGAGGAUUCCGACAGCGAGACGGAGGACAAUGUCGACAGUGAGGCUGUCAAAUCGAUUUUGAUCGGAAAAGAUCUGAAGGAGAUAAAUGUGCAACGCAACACGUCGCCGCCGCGAGGUAUCUUCGCGAAACUAGAUCUCGACAGCUUGGUGACGCAACCGAAACGCGUUAAUGACGAAGGUGCGACGUCUAAAAUCUCGGAAACCAGUUUGCCAAUUACUGGUGAAUCGCAAAUCGAUCCUACGGAUCGUAACGACGUAACUGAGAACGUAGAGACUGCGGUGCCAGAUAUGUAUGGUCCCGUUCUGCCACAGAGAUUAUUGAAACAAGACAACCCUACAACAACGAUGCAGCUAGAAGCUGAUAACACUAACCAAAUGUUGAAGCCAGUAUUUCGAAGUGUCGUGGUAUCGAAAAGCACGGAUGAUUUGAAACUCGGUGGAAAGUGGGUGGAACGAGACAAGGUGAAAAAAUCGAAGAAGAAACAUAAGCAUAAAGACCAUAAGAGCCCCAAGCACAAGAAAAAGUCUAAGAAAGAGAAACGUUCGAAACGUUGAUUUUCGUUCAUUUUAUCUAUUGAAGAUUCGAGUAAUAUAAAUGAUAAAUCGAUUUACAAUCGUGUGAUGAAAAUACCUGUCGAGUACACAAUAUAAUUGUAUAUAAGGACGUUCAAGAUGCUUUAUGUCCAACUAAGACUGUUCCAUAUAUUGUUUGAUUAAUUAAUAUUUAUGCACUUGUUUCGCACUGCAUACAUGUACAUACAUCUGUAAUAUAGACUGAAAAUAUAUGAUAUUUGAACUGUGAUUCAAAGCAGUUCUGAGCAUGUCAACAAAUCUAA